AUGCGGGAGGACGAGCUGUUGUGCGAUGCAUGGUUGGCCACUAGCCUCGAUCCUGUCCAUGGCAAGGAGCAAAAUGGCACAAUCUUUUGGAGGAACAUUCACACAUGGUUCCAUGAGCACACGCAUUUUGCGCCCUACUCCGACGCGUUGAUCCGCAACCGUGAGUGGAAGUCCCUCAACCAUCGAUGCUACACCAUCCAAGAGGUCGUCUCCAAGUAUUGCGGGAACUUGAAGCAUCUCAUCGCACGACGGCCUAGCGGUGCACAAAUCACCGAGCAACCUACUCGUGCUUGUGUGCUGUACAAGAAAUUGGAGAAGAAGUCCUUCUCCCGUCAUGCAUUGUUGGUUGAAGUUGAAUGGGCAACCGAAAUGGAAAUUUUCAUUGCCAAGACUGCCGCCCAAACCAACGAGGAAGAAACCGGUGACCCUACCGACCCAGCCCAAGAACCGCCGAAAAAGGUUAGAAGAAAUUUACGGGGCAAGAAGUGGGAGGAGGAGAGGGCGGAGCGAGAAGGUGCGGCGGCCAAGCCGACAGAGAGGUUCGAGGAGAUCCUGGCGAAGAAGGAGGGGGCAUGCGUGAGGCGCUCGGAAAUCAAGGAUGAGAGGAAGGCGGAGAGGUUCAAGUAG